AUAACGGAGCCUUUUGGCUGCUACAACUGCUGCUUGGGGUGUUCUCAACGAGAAAGAAUCGAGGAUGUGCGGAGGAGCGAUCGUCUCCGACUUCAUUCCGACAGCCAGGUCGCGGCGGGUCACCGACGCCGACCUUCUGUGGCCGAAUCUGAAGAAGGGUGGGUCGAAGAAGAAGAGGGGCAGCCGUCGCUGCGCCGUGGAGGAGACGGAGGACGACUUCGAGGCCGACUUCCAGGAGUUCGACAACGAGUCAGGCGAGUCGGAGGAAAAUGACGAGGCCGAGCUCGUCGACGUUCAGUUCUCUGCUUUCCCUCCCAAAGAUGGAGAAAUGACUUUCAAACCUGUAGGAUUUGAUGGACCUGCAAUGAGGUGUGCUAAGAGGAAGAGAAAGAACCAGUAUAGAGGAAUCCGUCAGCGUCCUUGGGGGAAAUGGGCAGCUGAAAUUAGAGAUCCUCGCAAGGGUGUACGCGUCUGGCUCGGGACAUUCAACACUGCUGAAGAAGCUGCAAGAGCUUAUGAUGCAGAAGCCCGUAGGAUCCGUGGCAAGAAAGCCAAGGUGAACUUCCCUGAUGAGGCACCAAUUCCUCAAAAGUGCCUUGUGAGACUAACUGCAGCAGAAGCACCAAACUCAAACCCAAGAGAUACCUUCAACUCUAACCAUUCUUUCACUUACCUGAAUGACACCAAUCAAGAUUUCCACCCAGAUAUUGAUUUGUUCGACGAAAAGGUGGCCAUCAAGGAAUGUAUGAAUCCAAAUUCCUUCACCGAGAUAAAACCAGCUGUGCCUACUGAAGAACCUGGGAUCAAUAUGUUCUUUGAUCAGGGAAGUAACAUUUUAGGUUAUUCUGAACAUGGUUGGGAACAUGAGUUUAAAACUGCAGCCAUCACAACAAUUCUUGAGCCAACCAUAACUGAAUCUGAAAAUUUCGCAUGCCUAGAAGAUGGUGGUCCACCGAAGAAACUCAAGAACAAUGCAGGAGAGGCAGUGCCUACCGAGGAGAACGAUGCUGUCGAACUAUCUGAAGAAUUUUCUACUUUCGAUUCAUUCAUGAAGUUUCUGCACAUACCUUCUCUGGAGGCCAGCACAGAUGAUUCGAUCGAUAGCUUCCUCAAUUAUGAUGUGAUUCAGGAGGAAAGUGGUGUGGACCUGUGGAGCUUCAAUGACCUGCCGCUAAUUGCAGGCAGCAUAUACCGAGGGACCUUGAAUUAUGGCUAAUUGUCUUCUGUAAACAAGGAACCUGUGUCGACGAAGGAUAUGUUGAACCAGGGUUGUCCGCUAGGAUGAUCUAAUGAACCUUUGAUUUAUGCUACUAUCUAUCGCCACUAGUUAUGUCUAUUGCCUGCUCUGUUGCCAUGUAAAGUGUUUCUCUCUAGAAUUCAGGGUUCUAAUGAACCUUUGAUUUAUGUUACUAUCUAUCGCCACUAUUUAUGUCUAUUGUCUGCUCUGUUGUCAUGUAAAGUGUUUCCCUCUAGAAUUCAGGGUUCUAUGUUC